GCACAGCUUUUAUAUUUUAUUAUUCACUUAUUUUGAGAUGGGAAGAAGGAAAGCAAAGGCGCAGGCCAAGUACUUGCCUCAGGAUGCGGUUACAUCUGAGGACAAUCUAUCAUCAAGGCCCGAUCCAAACGAUCUCGAGGAUGCCCUUGAGCAACCCCCAAGGGAAGGUGCCAAUGGUGCUGAGGCCGAAGGCACCGCGGACUCUAACUUAGAUGACGACAAACAGAACUCUGAAGAUGCAGAAAAUCUCAAACUUGUCAAGAAAAAGGAAUAUAAGGGCAACAAACUAAAUAAAAUUCAGGGGAAAAAGCAGAAGGAAGCUAAACAGUUAAGCGGUGCAAAUGACGGUAGCUCAAAACGGGUUGUAAACAAUCCGGGUUUCGAUGGCAACCAAAGUGAUCGCGAAGAUAGCAUUGAGAACGGCAAGGACGCAACGGAGCCUGCUCACAAGGCACCUAUUGAAGUUUUGUACUGCCCUUUUUGUACAUUCCCUGCUGAGAUGUGUGAGUUCGGUGGGAUGAUGGAUAAGUGUCGCCCCUGGCUGCUCGAGCACGCCCCUGAGUUCGCUGACGCUGACAAUCUCGGUCGAAAGCGUCGAAUUCUUACAGAAAAGGAACAUAUCGAGGCUAUGAUCGCUGGAAAGGGCAUAAAGAAGGCGUUGGAACGGCGUGUGGUCUUAGAAGUAGGCAAGCGUGCUGGAGCACGCAAAACUACCACCAUCACUGGAAUGGAUCUCUUUGGGUUUAAUCUCAAGGAUCUUUCAAAGGAAUGGCGAAAGACAUUCUCCUGUGGUGUUGGUGUGCGUGAGGCGGCGGAGGGAGCAUACCAGGAUUGCAUUGAUAUUCAGGGUGAUAUCUUGACGAAGCUUGUGGACAUUCUACUUAAUAAGUACCAAAUUCCAAAAGAAGCGAUAUAUCACAUUGUAAAUAAGAAAAAUGUGAGGUACUUUGACGAUAUUGGUGCAACCAAAGAGAUAAAAUAA